UUUAUCACUAUGCCAAGAAGGAAGCCUUUCAGUGGGAAGCUUAAAAAGAAACAGCUUCAGGAGAAGAGAUUGCGAUUAAAAGCUAGGAAAGAAAGUGGUUCUGCAAGUUCUGAUCAGUCUGCUGAAGAUGGACCAUCUAUUGAUAAAUCAGAAGUGGAAAAGGUGAAGGUGGAAAAGCUGAAUGAACAACCACAGGCAGUAGACAAGAAAAGCGACCAUAACAGGUACAAGCUUCAUUUUCUGAAAGAAUCCAGUGAUGAAAUUCAGAGAAGAAAACGGGAAGCCAUGUCAACUUAUGUUAAUUUGCUGCCUGAGGAAUCUUUAGAAAUUGCUUUUGAUGAGGUGUUCCAGCCUGGUACAGUGCUUGACAUCCCCAAGAGACCUCCCUGGAACUACACACUUAGUAAGGAAGAGCUGGAGCAGAAUGAAGAAGAAUAUUUUCAGCAAUAUUUAGAGAACAUCUUUGAACAACAUGAAGUGGAAAAGUUGAGUUAUUUUGAGUUGAACCUGGAGACAUGGAGGCAACUGUGGAGGGUGUUGGAGAUGUCUGAGAUCUUGCUGUUGAUUGUUGAUAUUCGCUUUCCAGUUCUUCACUUUUCCCCAGCACUUUAUGACCAUGUCACCAGGCAACUGGGAAAAUAUGUGAUUGUGGUGCUGAAUAAGAUAGAUCUGGCACCUCCCUCGCUAGUUGUGGCUUGGAAAGAGUACCUCCAGGAGAAGUUUCCUGAACUUAGCAUUGUGCUGUUCACCUCUAAGCCUAAAGAUGCCAUGGAAAGAAGCAGUCUGUCUGGAAAAGUAUUACAGAGAAAGCGACAAAAGAGGGUAGAUACUGCAGUAGGACCGCAACAGUUACUGGAUGUGUGUGAAAGCAUUGUCAAAGAUAAAGUGGACCUGUCAAGUUGGAGAAGAAAGGUAGACAGUGGUCAUUUUGAUAGGCAUGAGGUGGACAGUGAUAGUGACCAGGAGGACACUGUGGCCUCAGCUAGCCAGGAAAGUUUAGACUUGUCCUACCAGGAUCAUGAAAGAUACAAAGAUGGGGUGCUGACUAUAGGAUGUUUAGGUUUCCCAAAUGUUGGAAAAUCCUCACUGAUGAAUGCAUUAGUUGGCAGGAAGGUUGUGAGUGUAUCAAGAACCCCUGGUCAUACAAAACAUUUUCAAACAAUUUAUCUCACGGAUACAGUAAGACUAUGUGACUGUCCAGGACUCGUAUUUCCCUCAUUGGUGCCAAAACCUCUUCAGAUUUUAUCGGGAAUAUACCCAAUUGCUCAAGUUCGUGAACCCUACUCUGUUGUGGGAUAUAUGGCUGAGAGAAUCCCUUUAACGCACAUAUUAAAAAUACAGCAUUCAGAUGAUGAGGGGAAUACUCAACCCUGGACAGCGUGGGAGAUUUGUGAUGCCUGGGCUGCCAAAAGAGGAUUCCUUACAGCCAAAGCUGCUCGGAAUGAUGUGUAUAGAGCCGCCAAUAAUCUCCUGAGACUUGCCUUGGAGGGAAGACUUAGUUUAUGUUUACGUCCACCAGGCUACACAGCACAUAGAGAUCACUGGGAAAAUCAUCCUGACACUGAGGAGAUAGCAAGACUGCAAGAUGCUUGUAAACGUUCUAGUAUGUCAGGUGAUGGGGAUGAUGAAGACAGUGACAGCAUGAGUGACAAUGACAAUGUUCAGAAAGCAUCACAGAAUCCAUUCUUGCUGCUUGGAAGUGUUGAUCAUGGACUGCUAGAUUAAGCAAGCUAUUCCCAGAGAAACUUUCUGAAUGUCACUUAAUAGUAUUUUUUAAAUUUUAUAGAGAAGUCAGUCCUUACAGCACAGAUAUUUUAUUUUGACAAGGAAAACAGUCUUGUUUGAUCCUUCUGAAGCCAAAGUCAUAACUAAAUCAAAGUGAUGAUAUAAACAUUGGAUAUUCUUAUAUAUUAUGUUGUUCCAAUCACUUACAGUCACUUGUUA